UCGGCCUGCGGUGAGUCCCAGCAUUCAGACUGCCACCUCUUCAUUUCUUCUCUCACUCACCUGCGCUGUCAAACGAGCCUGAACGUUUCGGGACGGUUUGAUCAGAGUCCCGUGGGAUCCAGAUUUGGAAUACCGCAGAACCUCCGCCAGCCAAACCAUCAGACAUCUGAACGAGUCAAGACUGCAGAAGAGUGUGAUCUUCCUCAGCAGUGACAGGUGAACCGUAAACACAGCACGGCUCCAGGUUUCCUGCAUAAAGCCGCAGGUUGUUCCUUCAGUGUUGCAGUUGGAGGCCGGGGGGGUCCGACUGGAGAGUGAUGGGGGAGUCUCGGCUCAUCGUGGAGGAGCUGCUGGCUCUUUGUCUUCAGAGAAUCACUUUGGAGGAAAACAGUGUCAACACUGAUCUGGAGUUUGUUGAAGUGGUGAAAAACUUUGAGACGGUCAGGAAGCGAUGGCUGCAUGCCGAGCUGGAGCUGAAGAAGUACAAAGAGCUGCUGGUGAAGUCUGACGUGGCCAAAGCUGCUCUGGAAGUCAAACUGAAACACGCUCGAAACCAGCUGGACGUGGAGAUGAAGAAACGCUACAAGACUGAAGGAGACUAUCAGUACCUGCAGAGGCAGAUGCAGCUCAUGUGUGACAUCCUGGUCCAUGACAGUAAGUCCAGUGCUUGUCUGAACGACGAACAGAAAUCUCUUCUGGCCGCAUUUGAACACAAAGGAGCAAAUGUGACCCUGUACAGGAGCAGCAAACGGUUGUCUGUGAUUGACGAGUCAUCUUUCCUGUCUCACUCUGAUAUCAGCUACGAUCGGACAGAUGAUGAUGUGGACCUGGACACAACUGUCAUUAAACCCCUGAGAUCUCGAGCCAGAGAGAAAAGGCGCUCGUCGAUGGGGCCGGCUGUCGGCGCUCCGGCUGGGAAGCGAGGGAGAGGCGGGAACAUGUCGGCAGAGCUGCUGGAGAGAAAAACUGUGGACAAGGAGGUCGAGACAAUAGUGAAGGCGUCUGUGAUGACUCCUGAUACCGGAGGUCAGAUCCACAUGGUGGUGGGAAUCACACAGGAGACCCCUGAAAACCCGGCCCGGACCCUCACCCAGGAGUGUGCUGUUUCAGUCGUAGGAGGAGACCAAACCUCAGUGUGGUUUCCCUGUGAUGAAACGUUGGCGGAGCCUGACACUGAAGCAAAGACGGAGGAGAGUGCUGCAGUCAGAGCAUCUUAUACCUGCAGAGCUGAGAAAACCCUGAAACAUGUUUUUCUUUCUAAAACAGUGAUCCGGCCGGAGACAUGCUCGCCGUGUGGCAAGAGGAUCCGCUUCGGGAAGAUGGCGGUGAAGUGCAGAAACUGCCGUGUGGCCGCUCAUCCAGAGUGCAAACAGAAACUCAUUGCCGGAUGCUCUGCCACUGCCACGGCAGGAGGUUCAGCUCAACAGAACUCGUUGGAGGGUUUUGCUCCAGCGAUCCCUCCCAGAGUGCCUCUACUGAUCGUGGAGUGUGUGGCUGAGAUAGAGCGGAGGGGGCUGGAGGAGAGAGGACUGUACAGAGUUCCUGGAGGGGAGCGCCUGGUGAAGGAGCUCAGAGAUCGAUUCAUCCAGGGGAAAACUCCGCUCAUGCUCAGUAAAGUACAUGACGUCCACGUGGUGUGUGGUCUUCUGAAAGACUUUCUGAGGAAACUGAAGGAGCCUCUCAUCACCUUCAGACUGCACAGGACCUUCAUGGAGGCUUCAGAGCUGGCUGAUGAAGACAACAGCACUGCCAUCAUGUAUCAGGCCAUAGCAGAGCUGCCAAAGGCCAACAGAGACACACUGGCCUUCCUCAUGCUUCACUUACAGAAGGUGAUGAAGAGCCCUAAGUGUCAGAUGGACCAGAAUAAUUUGGCCCGGGUGUUUGGACCAACUGUAGUGGGACACGGGAUGCCUGAGCCGUCUCCGACAACCAUCAUGAGAGACACUAACACUCAGCCAAAGGUUAUUUGCCGCAUGUUGUCCCUCCCUGAAGCCUACUGGAGACGUGUACUUGCAGUCCAGCUGGAUCAGAUCUCGCCCUCGUCCUCCACCACGACGACCUACAGCCAGGAUGACAGACAUGGUCGGUUGUUUAAGCCGCUGACUUCUCCAGAGUUGAACAGCUACUAUAAAACUCCCAGCAGAGGAUCUCUGAGAGGCAGGAUCAAGAACCUGAGCAAUGCUCUCACCAGCACUGGUCGAGCCGAACCGGGGAGAAGGUUCUUCACGUCACCCAGCUGAUCCAAAUACACACUAAUCAACACUUCGCCUCUUUAUACCAACAGGAAAUGAUGUAAUAUGUGAAACUGUGACUGUAAGAAAAUAAACAUCCAUUUGUUUUUCUAAAGGUUUAACACUUUGCAGCUGUAAGCAGCUCUUCCAUUUCUUCUGUGCAUUGCAUUGUGGGAGAAUAGUGUCGACCAGCAUCGCACUCCAAAGUUAUUUCAUUAGACGUCGGGUAGCUUUCCGUUUUACUGAAGAAUAGAAAUGGAACUGAUCUUUGUUGUUGAAGUUUUCUGUUUGUGUAUAAAUAUUAUGGGAUUGCUUUAAACUCCUGUCAGUCAGUACAUUAAAUCAAAGUUACCUGUCGCUAAUCCACACAGACCGGCCGGCUCUGUAAUGUAUCUACAAUAGAAGAUGUUUAGGCUUUAAACUGGACUCACUUGGUGUUUCUGGGUUUGAUCUGUGAAAAAUAAAAGCACCUACAUGUUCUGUUUGGAAAAACUUGAAAUAAAAUAUUUGACUACA